AUGUGUACCUUGGUAAGAUACGUAUCACCUAUAAAUGGUUUGGUAAGAACAGAGUUAUUAGAACUGAUGUCAUUGGAUGCAACUGACUGUUCUGCAGAAAAAAUAUAUAAUGCUUUCAAAAAUUGUUUAACUGUAAAAGAUAUCCCAUUAGCAAAUAUUAUAGGACUAGCAUCGGUUGGUGCAAAUGUCAUGGUUGGGAAAAAUAAUUCUUUUUUUUCCCACUUGAAAUGUGAUGUUCCGUCUGUAAUAUUAAUGCAAUGUUUGUGUCAUUCAUCGGCUCUAAUACCUGGGAAAGCUUGUGAAAAACUUCCAAGAGAGCCCGAAGAGCUAAUUAGAAAUAUAGCUACUUACUGUUCUGGCAGUGCAAAACGCUAUGCACAGUUGUGUGAGUUACGAGACUAUUUUCACGUAGAACGAAAAAAAAUAUUGAAACUAGCUUCCACCAGGCUUUCAAUACACCAGUGUGUAUCACGCGUUCUAGAUUGUUGGGCUGUAUUACUACACUUUUUAGAAUUGCUGUUGUGGAAGAUAAAUUAUUAG